AAAAUGUUAUUCAGUGUGUUAUUAUAUUUAAGAUUUUAAUUUACAAUAGAAAUACAUGAGAUACAUAUAAUUAAGUACAACAUUUUCAUGAUGUUGAAAUUUCACAGUUGAUAUCGAACUGAGAAAAGAAAAACAGCAGUUUACGAAGAAAAGUUGUUCAAUAAACAUUGAGACGUCAUAUUAUAUAUAUAUAUCUUGAACACAAAAACUGGUUAACUAUUUCACAAGUCAUUUACAUUUUUAUUGUUGGUCAAAAGACAUGAAACUUUGCAAAAAAUACAAUAGAUAACGAAUUAUGAUCAAGAAAACAAUUUGAAAUUGUAUAUUUUGGUUAAACAACAAAACGCAAAGGCUGAUGAUCACUCAAUUAACGAGAAAAUACAUAAAAUGGAAGAAAAUAUUGAAAACCUAAACAGUACAGUUGUGAGAUUUAUCGGUAAAUACAUUGACCUGGAUUACACAAUUUGGCUGUACAGAGUGCUAACUCCGUUUUUUAUUGCAUUUUUGCUACCGUGCAUUUUUGUACUUCUGAUAUAUUUUUCCAUAUUAUUACUUUAUAUUUAUAGGACUUACAGUCAAGUUAUAACACAAGCGUACAACAGUAAUGAAUUUAACUAUUGGAAUAUCGCACGUACCUUAAUUGCUCUCAUAUGGGAUGGACAUGCAUGGUUAUGGCAUGGAUAUGAUGUUGUUGGUUUGGAAAAUUUACCCACAAAUGGACCUGCAUUGAUAAUCUACUAUCACGGAGCAAUUCCAAUUGACAUGUAUUAUUUUGUUGCACGUGUGUACUUAAAAAGAGACAGACUCAUUUAUACAGUAGGAGAUAGAUUUUUAUUCAAACUGCCGGGUUGGGCAAUCAUUGCUGAAGCGUUUAAAGUUAGUCCCGGCACUGUACAAUCCUGUUCUAAGGUUUUGAAAGAUGGGAAUUAUUUGGCAAUAUCACCCGGCGGCGUGUACGAAGCUCAAUUUGGAGAUAAUUAUUACGAGCUUUUAUGGGGGAGACGAGUUGGAUUUGCAAAAGUAGCAAUUGAUGCUAAAGUUCCCAUCAUACCACUUUUUACCGAAAACAUUCGUGAAGGUUUUAGAGCAGUAAAUUUUGCGACAUCGUUCUUUCUGAGAUUAUAUAACUUUUUAAAGUUUCCGGUUCGUCCUAUAUAUGGAGGGUUUCCCGUGAAGUUUCGCACAUAUGUGGGCGAACCAAUCGAAUAUGAUCCUGAAACUACUCCCGAAGAGUUGCAAACAAAAACGCGAUUGGCGAUCGAAAAAUUAAUUAACCAAUAUCAAAGGAUUCCCGGAAGUAUUACACAUGCUUUACUCGAUAGAUUUAGGAAGCCACACGUAAAAGACAAAUAAUAUAAUAUUGGAGAAAUUAUUUAUAUCUGAUGAUUAGAUCUGACAUUGGAGAUUAUUUAUACCUGUCAAAUAUUUUUUUUGAGGAAAAGUGCAUUAUUAUUGUAUUAUCAUAACCCGAAAUAUCCUGUUCCUUCCAUCUUGUAACAUCGAUUUGUUUUUUUUUUACUUUAUUUUUUAACGAUUCUGUAUUAAAAAAUACACGUCUAUAUUUGUAAGUAGGUGAAUGUAAAAAAAUGUAUAUAAAAGUAAAUAAAUA